AUGCCGCCUGGCCCUCCGCCCGCCCCAGCAGCAGCAGCAGCAGCAGCAGCGCGGCCGGCAGCAGCAGCGGAAGCCGCAGCGGCGGGCGCAGCCGAAGCUGCAGCUGCGCCCCCCGCCGCUGCUCCCGCUCCAGCUCCUGCUGCUGCGGCUCCCCCUGCUGCGGCUCCUGCUGCUGCGGCUUCCCCUGCUGCAGCUCCUGCUGCUGCUGCUCCCGCUGCAGCAGCAGCAGCACGGCCCUCGCGGGAUGUCCGCGGCAGCAGCACCCCGGCUCCCGGCGCCAACGCCGGCAUUCAGCUCCACAGUUUGCAAAAGGGGCCCCCAGGGAACUGGGGGCCCCCCUCAGGGGCCCCCCCACCCUCUCAGCAGCAGCAGCAGCAGCAGCAGCAGCCGCAGCAGCAGCAGCGGGAGUCGGGGGCGUUGGCUGGGGUCUCCGUCGGCGGCAGCAGCAGCAGCAGCGGGCCCGCCGACUCGUGCUCCGCAGCAGGGCGCUGCUCCGCAGCAGGGCACUGCUGCUGCUGCUGCUGCGCAGCAGCACGGGGGCGAGGCGGCUACGCGGAGGCGCUGUACCGGCAGCAGCAGCAGCAGCAGCAGCAGCAGCAGCAGCUGUGCACGUGGAUCGACCGGACGGACUCGAGGCCCCCCGGAGAGUUCAUCCGGAGACACGGAUUCAGCAAACCUUUUCAAGUUUAUCAAGUUGCUUCCUGGGUUUUAUUUGCUGCUGACUUGCUGCUGUUCUACUUGGUGGCAGUUCCUGCGGUGUCUGUACACCUCAGGCUGGCCUGUGGGGUGCUCUUCGGCUGCUGCUGCUGCGCUCUCUUUUGCCUGGCCUACAGGUGCACUGCAGCAGACCCCAUAGACCCUUUGGCUUUUGCUUCCGGGCCUUACUGUCCUGCUGCUGCUGCUGCUGCUGCUGCUGCUGCUGACGCUGCUGCUGCUGCGGCGGACGCGCCCGCGGCCCCGGGCGCGGGCGGCGCGCCGGGGCAGCAGCAGCAGCUGCAGCAGCAGCGCGACCGCCUCGAGCAGCGGGAGGCGCUGCUGCAGCAGCAGCUGCAGCAGCAAGCUGCUGCUGCAGCAGAAGCCACCCGCUGCUGCUGCUGCUGCGGAGGAGUUCUCGAAAGAAGCAAACACUGCCGCUCCUGCAACAAAUGCGUCGAUGUCUUUGACCACCACUGCGUCUGGAUCAACAACUGCGUCGGCAAGGCCAACUACAGGGCGUUUGUGGGCAUGUUGUUUGCUGCUGCUGCAACUGUGCUGCUGCUGGUGGCGGUGCCUCUUUACCAAAUUAUUGCUGAAGCUGUCAGCGGCAGCUGCCGAGAAAACUGGAAGCAAGUCUAUGGGGGCUACAAUGCUGUGGUGUUUUAUUUUGCUGCUGCUGUUCCAAUUGCUUUAAAUGCCCCCGUUUUGGGCCUCGUGCUGCAGCUGCUGCUGCUGCACCUUUAUUUGCUGCGGCACCACAUGACUACUUUCGACUACAUCACCAUGCGCGUUGAGGAGGAGGUCGAACGAAGAAGCCCCUCAACAAAACACCGGCCCUGCGUGGAGUGGAUCGUCAUAGACAAGAAGCGACUGCGCCGGGCGCGCCGCAAAGGGAGGGGUGCUGCUGCUGAUGUCAGCCAGUGCGGCUCUGUUCAGCAGCUGUCUUCUGUUGAGUUGCUGACACCCAAAGCAAACGAGCAUCAAGAGGCUUUAAAAACGAAUGACCAGCCGAUCGACGCCAACGAGCAGCAGCAGCAGCAGCAGCAGCAGCAGCAAAGUGAACCUAGGGAAGCAGCGGUGCAUGCAGUGUAG